AUGGUUGCCGGCCCCAGCGUACUGCACUUUGAGACGGCGAAUCGCGACGUCAGGCCCUCCAAAAAACCUUCUGGCUCAGUCCGAUCUUCGAGUCCUAAAGGCCCUCGCGCGUCGUCCAUUCCGCUCGUUCCUUCCCAGUUUACCGUCGGCGUCGUCUAUUCAUCAGAAAUGACCAGCCAUUUCUCACUUCAGGACCAUCCAGAGCAACCCGCUCGUAUCUCUCAUAUAUGGAAUACCCUUAUUGCCAAUAAAUGCAAUGCAAAGAUGAAGUGGCUCCCCAUUCGCCCAGUCCAUAAGCAAGAGGCUCUCCUGGUUCAUAGCGAGGAUCAUUGGGACAAAGUACAUGCAAUUCAAUACAUGACCCCCCAGCAGAUUGUUGAUUCAGAGGCGUACUACGAAACCCUCUCUUUAUAUGUCAUGCAAGGAACUACAAGAUCCGCUCUUCUCAGUUGCGGCGGUGUGAUAGAAGCAUGUCUGGCAGUGGCUGCUCCGGGCUCGUCUUUGAAAAAGGCUCUCGCGAUAGUUCGACCUCCAGGCCACCAUGCUGAACCAAACGAACAUAUGGGCUUUUGUUUUUUCAACAAUGUAUCUGUUGCUGCUCGUGUUGUACAGGAGCGCUUGGGAUUGAAGCGAGUACUCAUAUUGGAUUGGGAUGUUCAUCAUGCAGGCAAUGGAACUCAAAAGGCCUUCAAUAAUGACCCUAGUGUUCUGUAUAUAUCAUUACACCGCUAUGAAGAUGGCCGGUUCUACCCCUGCGGUACGUUUGGUGGCAUGCAGUCAUGCGGGGAGGGGCCAGGGCUUGGAUUCUCCGUGAAUAUACCUUGGCCCGAGAAAGGGAUGAAAGAUGCCGACUAUAUACAUGCCUUUCAGAAGAUUGUCAUGCCAAUCGCCAUAGAAUUUGCACCUCAACUUGUGAUCAUCUCUGCCGGAUUUGAUGCCGCAGAAGGUGACGAAUUGGGGCAAUGCCAUGUCAGCCCAGCUGGCUAUGCGCAUAUGACCCAUAUGUUGUCAGGAUUAGCAGGCGGGAAGGUCGUUGUCGCACUAGAGGGAGGCUAUAACAUCAAUGCAAUCGCGAAAUCAGCACUCGCAGUGACUCAAGUCCUUUUGGGUGAAGCACCACCGGAGCUACCACCUAUGACGGCGGGUGAAUCUGCGACAGAAACGGUCUGGCUUGUGGCCAGAGAACAGAAUAAGCACUGGAAGAACGUGGAUCCCAAAACUUGUGAACCCAGGAAAGACUUUGAACCUGCUACUUUUUCGAUACCCGAAAUAUUGAAGGCGCAUCGCCAACACUAUCUAUAUACCAAUUAUGACAUGAUGCAGAUUCCUUUACUCUCUGACUACCUCGAUGAACGGUUUUCGAUGCAAAUCAUGUGCACACCAGAUUUGUUAGACAACAAGACCAUGGUCAUCUUCAUCCACGAAUUUGGAAACUUGCGGACGGAGCUGGAGUCAUCCGCAACAUGCAACCUGGAAUUAGAACGAUCAUACUUGGUCGAUUUUUCGAAAGAUUUCAUAGCAUGGGUCAAAAAACAAGGGUAUUCUUUGCUCGAUAUCAAUCAGUUUCCAAAGCCCUUUGCGGCACCCGCCAGGCGCUCGCAAGCAACAAAGGACCCAACAAAAGAGGUUUUGGUGUAUUUAUGGGAUAACUAUGUCCAACUUUCGCAUGCGGAGAGAGUCGUCCUGGUCGGACAUGGACCUGGUUGUCAAUCAAUGAUGGAUCUUGUUGAUCAGAGGUGGAUGUCAGGAAACAAGCUAAUAAAGGGUAUCGUACAAGUCGUGGGGAAUUCCAAGAUUCCAACAGUCCCAAAAUCUGACGAAUUCAAAGCAUGGUAUUCAAACCAUUCUCUCGUAGCCGUCCCUUCAAGUCACCCCGUAUAUGGAAACAACUCUCAAGGGAAAAAGGAUGUGCGUCGACACGGUAAUGUCGUAGUUAUUGAUGAAACGCAGCCUAUCAAGCUAAUCAUAAGAGCUCUCCCGGCUAUUCAGGAUUAUGUACAGAUCGAAUUAGCUCGGUAUCCACUAAAAAAUGCAACCGCUCGGACGAACAAUGUUGUGCAAUAGUGCUGCUUCGUUGUGUUCUGCUAUAGAGGCAUGUCAUCCGGAUUAUAUACCUUGUGUCCUUUGCAGUACUAGAUCUGUAAAGUUUUAUAAUCGUGCCAUACGGUGAUCUUGUGGACUCCCAGAUUACGCCGGCGAGGUAGAGUUUCCCCAACCGGCUUUACAUCUCUUUUUCUUCUCUGUAGUGGUUAUCUAAAUAGACGUUGUCUUGUGCAUUCUCUGCCCGCAUCUCAGCGAGAGGCAAUAUCGACAAAAAACAUGCUAUGUAGAAACCCUUGACCCGCAAUAUCUGCCAAAGACCAUGAGACAAG